CGAAGACCCUUAAGAUGAUGUUCACGGAAGGUCUAGACGAAAGCGCAAUCAAAUGGAUCAAGCAGGGAACAGAAGCAGGAACAGAAGAGCCUCGAAUGCGAUCUCCUUUAACGGAGAAAUUUUCAAGCGAACGGUUCCCAAAGUCUCCACUUAAAUAUGGUGGUAAUGGUCUGAGUUCUCCUGUUCUGCCUCCAUUAAAGUUUCACUCUGGUUUGCUUACACCUCAUAGCCAUGCCUUCGCUACGUCAUCUGGCCUGAUCGAUGGCGAAAGUGAGGAAAGCAUCGAUUCAGUCUCAGACGAAGAAGACGAGAAUUUCUCUGACGGUGAAGUUUCUGUAUCAAAUACCUUGGAUUACUUAGAGAAGCCAAUUUCCCAGUGCUAUGAUGAGGAAGAAUUAUUUGGUUAUAAAGGGCUUAAACUUAAACCCAAACCAGAAGGACGCAAUGGGAUUCUGAAAAGUGGACUGUUAAAUGAGAAUCUCACGAUUGAAGUACCAGGAAGUGGCGUGAGAAGAUUUACAGACGGCGAAUUGGGCUAUAAAAGAUGUGCUCAAAAUCAAAAGAAUUCGACCCCAAUUGGAGGUAGCCAUCUUCUAAAGCAAGUCCACUUGAGGAAUGCCAACAAUAGCCAUAAUGACCUUGCGGAAUUGGGAACUCCCAGUGCCCCUCCAAUCAUCGAUGCUGAUGUUUCACAGAAGAGAGAUUCUGAAGGUUUGGUCAUCGAUGACCAUACCCCUAAUGGUUCUUGGUUAUCAAGAGAUUCAGUGGAUUGUGACGUAAGUUCUCACGGGUGGAAAACCAAGACUAUGAAUGAACAAUCCCAAAAUGGAUCUUGGCCGUCAAGAGAGUCAGUAGAUAACGAUGGAAGAAGUGUGAGCUCAAAUGAAUGGAAGACCAAGACUCUAGGAGCCUCUGAAAUCAGUGCAAGAUUAGACAAAGUUUUUGUAGAAGAUAAAGAAAAGCAAGCUACUCAUUUAUCGUACUACAAUACCAGUAAUUGCAAUAGCCAGUAUGCCUGGCAAACCCUUAUCACUUAUGAUGCAUGUAUACGUUUGUGUCUACAAGCAUGGGCGAAAGGCUGCCCUGAUGCACCUGAGUUUUUACGAGACGAGUGCCUGGCUCUUCGAAGUGCCUUUGGAUUGCAUGAGUUUUUGUUGCAACCUCAAGGUGUAAGAAGACCUGAAGCCAGCAAUCCAAGCAACUCAGAACAAAUAUGUCCUUUGAAAGUGAAGAAGGUUGUUGGUAAAAUAAGGGUGGAAGUGAGGAAACUUCGGGUUAUACCAAGACGCAAGCUCAGAAGCACAUUUUCACAACGAGGAGCAAAUUACAUGCAAGCAGGGGUGGGCUACGUUCGACAUGUUUCAUCACUUGUGAAAAAUGGCAUAAAUUCUAAGAAGUUGGUCCCAUUUUCAUUAGGAUCAGAAGAGCCACUAUUAUGCCUAAUUCAACUUAGGAGUUCCACAGAAGAAACUGAAUCAGAGGCAAGCACUGCUGUUUGCUUGCGCCCUGGAAGUGGAGAAUACCAUGAUUUUUUCCCAGAGAGCCAGGGGGAUGCAUUACUUGUAGAAAUUCAAGAUUCAAAAAAGGCGGUCCAUGGUCAUGCUAGAAUCCCAAUUUCAUCUCUUAGUGAUAAUCCUAGUGAGAGAAUUCGGUGGUGGCCAAUAUAUCAAGAUGAGCAUGAAUGCGUUGGGAAGAUCCAACUCUCCCUCGGCAGCACAAUGACAAAUGAUGAGAACAAUCAUAUAAAGAGUGGUCCUGUUGUAGAAACUUUGGCUUAUGAUCUAUUGCUUGAGGGUGCGAUGCGUGCCCAGCAAUUCCAUUCCGGAAACUUGAGGCUAAUUGGUCCUUGGAAGUGGUUGUUGGAUGCAUUUGCAGAGUACUAUGGGGUUUCUGACUCAUAUGCUAAGCUGAGAUAUCUGCUGCUAGUGAUGAAUGUGGCCACUCCAACAAAGGAUUGCCUAGAGCUUGUGAGGGAAUUACUUUUGCCGCUAUUAAAAGCCAAAACAGAGAAGAGUUUGACCAGACAAGAGAGAAAUAUGCUUUUAGACUGUGAAACUCAAGUUGAAAGCCUUCUUGGUAAUGUUUUUGAGAACUACAAAUCAUUAGAUGAAAGCUCACCAACAGGCUUGGCCGAUCAUGUAGGUCUAACAACAAAUUCAGCAGCACCAGCACUAGCUCCCGCUGUACGAGUCUACACACUUCUUCAUGAUAUUCUUUCUGUGGAUGCCCAGACUAUUCUUAGAAAGUAUCUGCAGACUGCAGCAAAGAAGAGGUGCAGGCAGUACAUGGCAGAGACUGAUGAAUUUGUGUCAAGCAAUACUGAAGGUUACCUAAUGGAUUCCAUCAGCAUCUCUACAGCUUACUUGAAGAUGAAAAACCUCUGUGUCUAUAUGAGCAAUGAAAUUCAGGCAGAUAUGAAGAUCCAUAGCCAGAAUAUAUUCCCAAGUUCAGUUGACCUCACAAACAUCACAGCAUCCGUUUACAGCACCGAGCUAUGUAACAGGCUUAGAAGUUUCCUAUCUUCUUGGCCGCCAUCUAGUCCGCAGCCACAUGUGAAUGAACUUCUAGUUGCAACUGCUGAUUUUGAACGGGAUCUUGAGUUAUGGAAUAUAAGUUCCCCACAGGGGGGUGUAGACUCCAGAAAUUUGUUCCAUAACUACAUUCUGGUCUGGAUUCAAGAUAUGCAACUCAGUUUACUUGAUCUUUGCAAAGCAGAAAAGGUACCAUGGUCUGGAGUAACCACAAACCAUUCCACUUCUCCAUUUGCUGAGGAAAUGUAUGAAAAAAUCAGAGACAACCUCAUUCUAUAUGAGGUGGUAAUUAAUAGAUGGCCUCAGUAUUCACUUUAUUUGGAAAGUGCUGUCGCAAAUGUUGAAAGAGCAAUCUUGAAAGCCCUCGAGAAGCAGUACAAUGAUAUUUUAACACCUUUGAAAGAUAGCAUACCCAAGAGACUUAACUUGCAAGUUCAAAAGCUAGCAAGAAGACAAUCAAUGCCUGUUUAUGCGGUUCCAAAUCAAUUGGGGAUUUUUUUAAACACCAUCAAGAGGAUUCUUGAUGUCCUACAUUGCAAAGUAGAAGACAUUUUAAAGUCUUGGGCAUCCUAUCUGCCAGCUAUGGGAGAUAAGAAAUCACUCUUCGGGGAGCAAAUAAAUGGAGUCACCGUUCUACUGAGAACCAAAUACAAGACUUAUUUGCAGGCAGUAAUAGGGAAUCUUGUUAACAAUAUGCAAGCUAACCGAAGCACAAGACUGAAAAGAAUUUUGGAGGAAACAACAGAACAAGAUGGGGAGGCCGAAAUCCGUGAGAGAAUGCAAUCGCUGAAUGCGCAACUCAUUGAUUCAAUCUCCAACCUGCAUGAGGUCUUUAGCAGUCAGAUUUUCAUUGCAACAUGCCGUGGAUUAUGGGAUAGAAUGGGACAGAUUGUUUUGAAAUUUUUAGAAGGAAGGAAAGAGAACAGGAUAUGGUACAAUGGAUCUUACUAUGCUCUUGGGAUAUUGGAUGACACCUUUGCUUCCCAAAUGCAACGCUUGAGAGGAAAUGCACUGCAAGAGAAGGAUCUCGAAACUCCUCGUUCAGUGAUAGAAGCUCGAUCCAUUCUUUCCAAAGAUACCACAAAUGCGUCUGAUCCAUCCACUUUCUUCUAUGUCUAGCAAUUCCUUUCAUAUUUCCUUUGUACAUCUGCUUCAUAGUAUUCUUUUCUUUCUUAUUCUCAGAAAUCAAACAUAUUCUUUCUGCAUAUAAGUGUAACAAAUAAAUAAUAAUUUUGUUCAUAUAGAAGGUCGCGAAAAAUUAGCUUCUUAAGUUGGAAGCCA